AUCUCCCAGCCAGCACCAUGAGAGCGCUCAACAUUCUCAUAGGCUCGGCCUUCCUCUUGCUGAUCACCUCCUCGCCUCUCUCGGCAAGCGAGCGGCGGCGGAGCACGCUGCGGCGCGGCGACGCCCUCGCCGUGGACGACGUGCUCGUGUCGCCGAGCGGCAACUUCUCGUGCGGCUUCCACAGAGCGGCCACCAACGCUUACACCUUCUCCAUCUGGUUCACGGCCUCGGCCGACUCCACCGUGGCCUGGUCGGCCAACCGCGACUCCCCCGUCAACGGCAGGGGCUCCCUCGCCGCGCUCCGCGACGACGGCUCGCUUGUCCUCCAGGACUUCGACGGCCGCGUCGUGUGGAGCACCAACACGAGCAGCGGCGCCGCCGACCGUGCGCUGCUCCUGGACACGGGCAACCUCGUCGUCUCUGACGCCUCCGGCCGCGCGCUGUGGCAGAGCUUCGACUGGCCGACCGACACGCUUCUCCCAGGGCAGCCCAUCACGCGGUAUAGGAGGCUUGUUUCUUCCUCGGCUAGGGGUCUUCCCUACUCCGGCUUCUACAACUUCUACUUCGACAGCAACAACAUCCUCAACCUGAUGUACGACGGGCCCGAGAUCAGCAGCAACUACUGGCCGGACCCGUUCAACAAGUGGUGGGACAACAACCGGACCGCCUACAACAGCAGCCGCUUCGCCGUCCUCGACGCCCGCGGCCGCUUCUCCGCCAGCGACAACCUCAACUUCAACGCCUCCGACAUGGAUUCCGGUUCCGGCAUCGCCGCCAUGAGGCGGCUCACGCUCGACUACGACGGCAACCUCCGGCUCUACAGCCUCGUCGGUACCAUCUGGCGCGUGACGUGGGCGGCCGUGUCGCGCCCUUGCGACGUGCACGGCAUCUGCGGCCGCUACGGCGUGUGCGCCUACGACGGGUUAUCGUCUGCCGGGGCGCCGGCUUGCUCGUGCCCGGAGGGCUUCGAGGUGGCCAACGCCGGCGACUGGAGCAAAGGCUGCAAGAGGAAGUUCGAGGUGCCGUGCGGCGAGGACGACGUGGAGUUCGCGGAGAUGCCGCAGGUGGACUACUGGGGCUUCGACUUCAACUACACGGAGAAGCUCACCUUCGAGACGUGCAAGCAGAUCUGCCUCGACGACUGCAACUGCGAGGCGUUCGGGUACAAGAAGGGCACCGGGAAAUGUUACCCCAAGAUCGCGCUCUGGAACGGCCGCCGCCCCGUCGGCAACCAGGUCAUCCACCUCAAGGUGCCCCGCCGCCUCAACAACAAUGGCAGCGGCAAGCCGCUGGACCCUUCCAAGCUCUUUUUCAGCGGCCACGCGUGCACGGUCAGGGAAGUGAGCGCCAAUGUCAGCUCGUCCUACCUUCGAGCCGCCAUGACAGGCAGCAGCAAGAUCAACUUCGUCUACUUCUACUCGUUCUUGGCGGGUCUGUUCGUGAUGGAGGCCAUCUUCAUCGCCGGCGGGUACCUCUUCGUGUUCCGGGCUGCCGACCCGGCGGGAAGGCGAAUCCGCGACGAAGGGUACAGCAUAUUGCUCAGCCACUUCAGACGGUUCACCUACAACGAGCUGUCGAGCGCCACGACGGGCUUCAGGGACGAGAUCGGCCGGAGCGCGUCGGGGGCCGUGUACAAGGGCGUGCUCGAGGACGGGCGCAGCGUGGCCGUGACGAGGCUGGAGGAGCUGACGCAGGCCGACGAGGUGUUCCGGUCGGACCUGAGCGUCAUCGGCCGGAUCAACCACAUGAACCUCGUCAGGAUCUGGGGCUUCUGCUCCGAGCACUCCCACCGGCUCCUCGUCUCGGAACACGUCCAGAACGGCUCCCUCGACAAGGCCCUCUUCUUCUCUGACGACGGCGAACACUGCGUACCACCACCACUGGGUUGGCAAGCGAGGUUCGGGAUCGCCGUGGGCGUGGCCAAGGGUUUAGCGUACUUACACCACGAGUGCCUCGAGUGGAUCGUGCACUGCGACGUGAAGCCGGAGAACAUCCUCCUGGGCGGCGACUUAGAGCCCAAGAUCAACGACUUCGGGCUGGCCAAGCUCCUGAGCCGCCGGGACGAGCAAGGCCGGGUGCUGUCAAGCGUGCAAGGGACGCGAGGAUACGUGGCGCCGGAGUGGGCGCUGAACCUGCCGAUCACGGGGAAAGCCGACGUGUUCAGCUUCGGCGUCGUUCUCCUCGAGCUGCUCCGGGGCCAGAGGGUGUGCGACUGGGCCGUGGAAGGGGAAGAGGAAGGGAAAGAGGUGCGCAUGGACUUUCCCCGGCUCGUGGCGCUGCUGAAGGAGGAGAUGAAGGAUUUGAAAGGGGUUUGGAUGGAGCAGUUCGUGGACGCGCGCCUGCGUGGGGACUUUGGGCACCUGCAGGCGGCCACGAUGCUGGAGGUGGCCGUGGCGUGCGUCGAUGAUGACCCCGGACGGAGGCCCGGCAUGGACGCCGUCGUGCAGAGGCUCCUCUCGGCGCAGGAUGCCGUGCCGCCGUCCCUGCGCCAUGCGUCGUCCCCUCGCCCGGAGCUCACUCAUCACACGGUCUAAUUAACUUCAUUCUGAUUAAAACCAGCCAAUUAAGGCUUCAUUCUUACGAGAAUCUCAAAUUUUUCCCGUUUGUUUUUCUGGUAA